GAGCGAACGAAUCUACUACCCCGGUCUCCUUUGACAGACGGGGAAGCGCGUGCGGUUCUCGUACCAACUCCUACACCGUAUCUGAAGAUCAUAAAAUUGACUACGUUCCAUUCGAUUCGAGUACGUACGAAUCAUAUUUCCGGUGAUAACCAUCGUUAAGAGAAACGUAAUUCUCGUGAGAUAUCCUUAUCGAAUUCCGAGGAACUUUGUUCUGUGAGCUGUGCCAGUCGUGUAGAGAGACAGCGUUACAGUAUACGCGCGUUCUAAACCUUAACGAAUACGAUAUAUCGACAGUGAAGAAGGUACUAGGAACGUAGGCGAAACAUUGGAGAAGAAGGAACGAGUAGAUUGUCGAGCGAGUAUUAAAGACAACGGGAGUUAGAGGAAGGCAAGGUCGUAGAAAGGCGGUGUCGGUGUUGUGUUUCCAAUAAACCAUUAGGUAGCCCCUCGUGAAAGAGAGAGAGAGAGAGAUAUAUAUAUAUAUAUAUAUAUUCUUUGAAGACCUAAAGAGACGAACGUAUUUGGAAGCAAGACAACACUAUCUUCUUCUUAUUCUUCCUGUAUUCUCUAUCGACGGAGAGACAGCCUAAUAAUCGCUUCGAAGGUGCCAGUGAACGAUCUCGUGCAACGAGAAUCCCGAUGUGUCAACGCGGCUGCAUUAUAGCCACUACUACUCUGUGCCUCGCACUAUCUAAUCCCGCCGCGUAUACGUGCGUCGUCCUCGUCCGCGUCGUGUGACGUGUGCGUGAAGAGAAAAGAGAGAGAGAGAGAGAGAAAAAGAGAGAGAAAGAGAGAAAGAAAGAAAGAGAGAGAGAAAAAGAGAAAGGAGCGGGCUUGCCGGCACGGAAUACACAAUAGAGCAAGAGAGGCGUCUCCAUAGGCGGACGUGAAGACGCGAUACGAGACUGCGUUCACGCCGUACUUUCUUUCUCGCUUCCUCUCUCUUUGUGUUGUUUUCUCUCUCUCUCUUUUUCUCUGUACAGUAACUCUUUCCAGUCAACAAAAUAAAAAAAUAAACACAAAAACAACACGCAAAGAGAAGAGAAGAGAAGCGAGCAUCGAGAAAAAUCAAAGAGGAAACAGCAGCACCAUCAACGACGACGACGACGACGACAACGACAACAACGAGUACGAGAACGAGGAAAACGACGAUAACACAACAUCAACAACAACAUCAACAACAACAACAACAACAACAACACUAAUAAUAAUAAUAACACAACGACGACGACGACGCCAACGACGACGACGACGUCGUCGGCCGAGAGAGGCGCGUGUACGCGCGCUCUACGAAUAAUCCAGCUUUCAUACGACUUAUCGUAGCUGAUUCUACUGCUUUCCUUUAAAGAGAACGUCAAAGCUAUACUCAGAGCCGGUCGACUCCUUCGACCUCCUCGUCGUCACUAUGGCGGACGACGAGGUUCUCUUCGACGAAGUUUACGAGCUCUGCGAGAUUAUCGGCAAGGGACCAUUCAGCGUCGUUCGGAAAUGCAUUCACCGACAGACCGGCCAGACUUUUGCUGUAAAAAUCGUCGACGUGGCCAAGUUCACCUCCAGUCCGGGCCUGAGUACAGCUGAUUUAAAACGUGAGGCCACAAUAUGUCAUAUGUUGAAGCACCCGCACAUCGUCGAGCUACUCGAAACUUACAGUUCCGAGGGUAUGCUCUAUAUGGUGUUCGAAUAUAUGGACGGCUCGGAUCUAUGCUUCGAAGUAGUUCGACGAGCGACCGCUGGUUUCGUCUAUAGCGAAGCAGUUGCUAGCCACUACAUGAGACAAAUCCUGGAGGCAUUGCGCUACUGCCACGAGAACGACAUAAUCCAUCGUGAUUUGAAACCGCAGUGCGCCUUACUCGCAGGAAAGGAAAAUUCUGCGCCGGUGAAGCUGCGCGGUUUUGGUGUCGCUGUGCAACUUCCUGCGUCCUCGCAGGCAAACGGUGUUGGGCUGACCUCCCCGAGCUGCAAUUUCCCUUUCGAGGACCUGACCGACGCCGAGGAUUCGCUAGUCAGCGACACGGAGGACAACAUUGGUCGCGUUGGAUGUCCACACUUCAUGGCACCGGAAGUGAUUCAACGUCGGCAGUAUGGGAAGCCAGGUGACGUUUGGUCGGCUGGUGUUCUCCUUCAUGUUCUUCUUACCGGCACCCUUCCAUUUGUGGGUUCUCGCGAAAGGCUACGAGAGGCAAUUUGUAGAGGACGAGUUCAGAUGGAAACACCGUUGUGGGACUCCAUUAGCGAGCCAGCGAAGGACCUCAUACAGAGAAUGUUAACGACGGAUGUAAAUCACAGGAUCACUAUUCAAGAAGUCCUCAAUCAUAAAUGGCUCAGAGAUCGCGAUAAGGGAGCAGCACGAAUACAUUUAGGCGACACUAUAGAAGAACUUAAAAAAUUCAACGCGAGACGAAAAUUGAAAGAUGCUGUGAAAGCUGCUGUCUCUUCGGCAAAGUGGCACGCCCCUUACUCGGAAACUAAUGGCGACAGCCUUUCCGAUGUUGGCGAUGACGAAGUCACGACUACCGGAGCUGUCGCUGAAAUUUUGGACUCGCUCGACGAUAUUGAAGUUUUGCAAGAAAGCGGUAGACUGACGCGUGGUGAAAUUCUUAACGCAGUUGAGGACUAUCGCCUUCGAGCUAUUUUAGAGCUUUAUGACAGGAUCUCAAGUCGCGUACCUACACCAUGCCGAGCGCCACAAACAGACGCUGUGCAACGUGCGCGGGAAGUCGAGGAGAUCCUUCGGGAAGCGGAACACUCGACGGUACGAAACAUCGAUAGGGCCGACCUUCGAGAACUUCAAGAACUUUUGAUGCAGCCGCACAUGAGGGCAUUGCUGCAAGCUCACGACGUGGCAGGCCACGAGGUUUAUGGCGAGGAAGCUACGAGAGUGACACCGCCCCCGUUGUUACCGUAUCUGAAUGGCGGUGAUGACCUCGAAGGUCAAAACGGCGAUCUUGAACUCGAGAACGUUACCCGCGUCAGAUUGGUGCAAUUCCAGAAGAAUACGGACGAGCCGAUGGGGAUUACCUUAAAAAUGAACGAAGAUGGAAAAUGUGUAGUAGCAAGAAUUAUGCAUGGUGGGAUGAUCCAUAGACAAGCCACUCUUCACGUCGGUGAUGAAAUUAGAGAAAUCAAUGGAAUACCCGUCGCCAAUCAAUCGGUUAAUGCCUUGCAAAAAAUUCUCCGUGAAGCACGAGGAUCGGUGACGUUCAAGAUCGUGCCAUCGUACAGGAGCGCACCACCCCCCUGCGAGGUACAAUUGUUCAGGAUUAGGCCUCUGCCAGUGUUAAUAUUCGUGCGCGCACAAUUUGACUACGAUCCUUUAGAAGACGAACUAAUACCGUGCGCACAGGCCGGCAUCGCCUUUAAAACAGGCGACAUCCUACAGAUUAUUAGCAAGGACGAUCAUCAUUGGUGGCAAGCACGUAAGGACAACGCGGCUGGUUCCGCGGGUCUAAUCCCUUCGCCCGAACUUCAGGAAUGGCGUAUUGCUUGUAUGGCGAUGGAAAAGAACAAGCAGGAACAAGUGAAUUGCUCGAUAUUCGGACGGAAGAAGAAGCAAUACAAGGACAAGUAUCUUGCGAAACAUAAUGCAGUCUUCGAUCAGCUGGACCUGGUCACCUAUGAGGAAGUCGUUAAACUUCCCUAUCCUGCCUUCCAACGCAAGACUCUGGUUCUACUGGGAGCACACGGUGUUGGUCGUCGACACAUCAAGAAUACGAUUAUUGCGAAGCAUCCCGAUAAAUAUGCCUAUCCUAUUCCGCAUACAACGAGGCCUCCACGAACUGACGAAGAAAAUGGACGUAAUUAUUAUUUCGUGUCGCACGACGAGAUGAUGGCUGACAUCGCUGCUAAUGAAUAUCUCGAAUAUGGAACACACGAGGAUGCCAUGUACGGAACGAAACUGGAAACUAUUCGAAAGAUUCAUGAAGAAGGGAGAAUGGCGAUAUUGGAUGUAGAACCGCAAGCAUUGAAAGUCCUACGUACAGCCGAGUUCGCUCCGUACGUUGUCUUCAUUGCAGCUCCAGUACUUCAAAACAUCACCGACUACGACGGUAGCCUGGAACGGUUGGCGAAGGAAUCCGACAUGUUGAAGCAAGCGUACGGACAUUUCUUUGACCUGACCAUCGUGAACAACGACAUCGAGGAGACGAUCGCCCAAUUGGAGGCAGCAAUCGAACGAGUUCAUACGACGCCACAAUGGGUGCCGGUUUCUUGGGUCUACUGACAGAGGACCUCGCCAUCUCGACAAAUAGUCAACGCAGAUUGCAAUGGCUCCUCGAGAAUGAAGCAAUGAUAAAAAUAAUAACGUGAUAACGUGAUCGAGAUCGCGAUCGAACGUUCUCGAGCGAGUUGUUGAAAGUCGAAGGGAGCAACGGUGAAAGCGACGGCGAUUAAUCGUCGACGAGUCGAACGAUAUCCACAAAUUUAUAACUAUCGCCGUGUCCUUGUGAAGUGUUCAUAUAUGAGCGUCGCUCGACAUUCGACGGUACUCUUUUAUCGGAGGUUAGAGGUAGAAUAUAUUAAAAAAAAAAAAAAAAAAAAAAAAAAAAAGAAAAAAGAAAAAAGAAAGAAAGAAAGAAAGAAAGAAAUGAAAGCAGCGAUCAAAAGAAAAUAGAGAACGUCCCGAUCGAUGGCUUUGUCAUGUCGAGACAUUUUCCACGCUCAGUGGAAGAGUUUUCGCGCAAACGAGUCACUUCUCGAUCAUUGUCUAUUGGACGAUGGCGAUAUUUAUCAGAUCUCCGAUCUUCAAACUUACAUCGACGAAUUCGUUCGAUCCGAAACUCGAUUCCUCGCGAGCACCCGACCCUUCAACUUACUCCUUUAAUAUCUUCGCGAGGAAAAGCCUAUCUAUGCGCAAACUCGCUAAAUUAAAAUUAUCGAACUAGUUCUCCUUUAGAACUAACGUGACUCCUCACCAUCUCUUCUAUCUUUUACCUAUUUAUCCUUUCCCUCUUUCUCUCUGUCCUUUUUCCUCCGUUUCUCAACCUCCGAUCAACCUUUCGCUCUCUUUCUCUCACAUUUCCUUUAACUCCUUUCUCUUUCUCUGUCUUACAAGAUUUUCAUAAAUUUCUCGCACGGCGUCGAUGCGGAAAAGACGAACUUAUAAAACGAGGAACCUCUCUACGGGUACCAAAGACUACAAAAAAGAGAGCACAGAAUACUAUUUCAAGAUGAACAAAAGAAAAUGUAUCGGCCCACGAGAUUAACAAACGAAACAAACUAUUAAUAUCGAAAAUAUCUAUCUUGAUCGAUUUGGCCGGCUCAUAUCUGCUGACUGUUGCUAUCUUCCUUUUCUCUAAGAUAAUCAUUAACGAAUAAAGAAAAAGAAGAAGAAGAAAAAGAAAGAGAAAUUGAGAAAAAAGAGGAACGCAUCCCGACAGAAAAAUACGAGUAUUUCGUCUACGACGUAAUAAAAUAAGCGUUUCGUUCGUACAAUCCUUAAAAAAAAAAAAAAAAAAAAAAAAAAAAGACAGCAAAACAAUGAAGAAGAAGAAAAAGAAGAUGAAGAAGAAGAAGAAGAAGAAGAAGAAGAAGAAGAAGAAGAAGAAGAAGAAUAGAAAAAGAAGAAAAAAAACGUAUAAGAGAAGAAAAAUCGACCGAAGACGGUUCUCCUCGAGCCGUCAAUCGUUUUACCAAAUAGUGUUUAAGCAGUAGAUCGAUUAAACUUGAUCGGUUUCCUCUAGUAUCUAUUUCCAAUAUCUUAAACUCGUAUAGGCCUCUUUCGCCAGAAAAAAAAAAGAAAAAGAAGAAGAAAGAAGAAAAGAAGAAAAAAAAAGAAGUAUUCACGAAGACAGAACGAAUAAAAAAUAAAAGCGCGUGGCAGCUUCUUUCCUUUCGCAUCCCGCUCACUUUUUCCAUCCGCGACGUUCGAGCUUUUUCUAGCCACCCCUUACCAUCCCCCGUCGUCCCGCUCCCGCUUCCCCCCUCUGAUUCCUAUUUUCCAUCCUUUUCAAGCCCUGCAGACACGACGAACAAUCCACUUCCGCUCGUUCGUUCGUUCGAUAUUCGUCCUCCCCGUUUAGCCCUCUUGUACGCUUCAUUCGUAUCCAUUGAAUCGCUUGCCGAUGCUACAACUACCGAUCGUUUCACUCUCGCAAAAUCAAAUAAGAAAUAACGAAGGUAGGCGACCCACGUAGACGCACACACACAUCGAUCGCAAGAUGUAUUUCUCGGUUCUCUUGUUAACACCCUCGUACAAAAAGCGCACGAUCGAAGGAUGUGAAGCGAACAAGGCGCGUCUUAUUAUAAGAUAUUUAUAAAACGUAAACUCUAAUAAAAUAGAUAGUCACUACAAGCUACGUGAAAAUAAUAAUUACAAAAAAAUUAACACGCUGCUGACACGCUCUCUCUCUCCCCUUUCUCUCUCUCACAUACACACAACAGAACAGACAGCAUACACACACACACACACACACACACAAGGAAUACGCACACGUGUACUAAAAGAAAAUAACACGUUCAUAUACUUCCAUCGAUUUCCUAAACAAACACACAUACACACAUACAAAGUAGACAGACAGACAGACAGACAAAAACAUAUGCGUUUCACGAGACAAGUGUUAACAAGGAUUUAAAAGAUUUAUAGGUGAAUUCAAUUGCAAGUGAUUAAAUGAAUUGUGUAAACUAAUUAAUACGAAGUACUAGGAGAGAUAAUAGGAAAUUCAUGAUCCGCUAUACAUACAUACAUACAUACAUAAAUACAUAAAUACAUAAAUACAUGUGAAAAAAAUCGAUGACGAAGUGGCGAAAACGCGCGGUAUCUCGUUAUCCGCGACAACGAAGAGCGUCAUAAUUAAAAGAUAAAGUUAGGAAGGAAUAUGGUAAAAAAAAAAAAGGAAAAAAAAAGAAAUGAAAUGAAUGAUUUAACGGAUGAAUACAAAAAUCAUGCGGCUCUGUUUCGAACGCGUUCGACGUAAAUACUCGUGACCGUUUUAUGAUCUCAAAAAAA